UUUAGUGACGUUUCUUACCUUUUAUAUCGCACUAUUCACUCCCAUUAAUUUCCUACUCUUCUCGUAAUUUUAGGAGUUAAUUUUUAAAAAUGAUGCCUCAUCAUUCAUUGAUAAGGCGUAUUUGUUGAGAUCUCACAGAGAAUAAUGAAGCCCAUUGUAAGAUAAUGUGUAAAAAUUUUAUGCAAAAUCUCUUGUACUUACAUAACCUCAGUGAGAAAGAAUAUUUCAGUAUCAGAGCGGAUACUGUGAUAAUAUCCAAAGUGAAAUAAAUUUAGUCAGGGAGAUGCGAAUCUUCUACAUUCUGUGCACAAAAGUGCCUGGGAAAGUGGUGAAAAGUAUUCCCAGUUCAGCUAGAAAGGUAGUCCCUCCCACAACCUAUACAAGGAUAUGGGGAUCCCUAUUUGGGAAAUAUCUUCUCCUCACAAAUACCAUAAGUUCGGGCAUUCUUAUGGGUUUGGGGGAUAUUAUGUCUCAGGAAAUUGAAUAUCGUACAAAUCUCAUUCAGAAACGUUAUGAUUGGAAAAGAAUUGGACAAAUGUUCCUUGUUGGAUGCUUGGCAGGACCAUUUCAUCAUGUCUUCUACAAAUGGAUGGAUAGAAUUUUACCCAAAGCCGACGUUUUAACAUCGGCAAAGAAAAUUAUGUUGGACCAAACAAUUUUCUCACCUUUCUGCAUUAUUACCUUUUUCUACUCAGCUGGAAUUCUCGAGGAAAAAAGCAUCAAAGAAUGCCACAAAGAACUCAAAGAAAAAUUCUUUACUGUUUAUUUUGCUGAUUGGACUAUUUGGCCUGCAGCACAAUUUAUUAAUUUUUACUUCCUCCCACCGCAAUAUCGAGUUUUGUACAUAAAUGUCGUCACAAUGUUCUACAAUGUGUUCCUCUGCUAUGUGAAGCACACAGAAACGUCCUUCUUCAAAUUCUUAGAGCCAGAGAAGGAGAAGAAAAUCAAAGAAAAUUAA